AUGUCUUCCUUGGCUAAACGGAGUUCUUCCUCGUCGGCAUCGGAGAAUCCACCCAAGGAGAAUCCGGUUCCUCGGCCGCCGAACGCAGCCAAGGCUCGAGUCCCACUCGGCGAUGCUGGAAACCGCCGUCAUGUCCUCGGCGACAUCACUAACCAGAAGACCGGAUCUAGAAAUUCCGCUUCGUCGUCUUCUCUGGUGCGUUGCUCAAAUAAGAUCGGGCAAUCGAAGAAAUCACAAAAGCCUGCUCUAUCACGAAACUGGAAUUUGGGAAUUCUCGAUAGCGGUUUACCUCCAAAGCCAAAUCCAAAAUCAAACUCACUCGUUCCUUACGAAGACAUCAAAUUGCCUCAACGCGAUGAUAAUCUUCUAUCUUCAUCACCUAUAUCAUCCCUUGAUGCCUCUCCCACUCAAUCAGAUCAAGUCUCGGUUUCUCUUGACCAUUCGAUUUCCACUUGCGAAAGCCCCAAAGUUGAAUACAUGGUCGACGCCACUGUUUCUCUCCCGGAGUAUGCAGAAUCAUCAGAAACAGAUUUGGGAGAAGAUGAUAUGAUUGUUAACAUUGAUAGUAACUUGGUUGAUCCACAGCUUUGUGGUGCCUUUGCUUCCGAUAUCUACGAGCAUCUGCGUUCAUUAGAGGUAAAGAAGAGGCCGGCUCUAGAUUACAUGGAGAGGAUUCAGCUAAACAUCAAUGCUAGCAUGCGUUCCAUUCUUAUCGACUGGCUCGUAGAGGUUGCUGAAGAGUAUAGGCUUUUGCCAGAGACAUUGUAUUUGGCGGUGAACUAUGUAGACCGGUAUCUUUCAGGGAAUGCAAUGACGAAGCAAAACCUGCAGUUACUUGGUAUUUCAUGCAUGAUGAUAGCAGCGAAAUAUGAAGAAGUGUUUGUUCCCCUAGUGGAGGAUUUCUGCUACAUAACUGAUAACACGUACUUAAAAAACGAGCUUUUGGAGAUGGAGUCUUCUGUUCUGAAUUACUUGAAGUUCGAAUUAACAACUCCAACAGCAAAAUGUUUCUUGAGGCGCUUUGUUCGAGCUGCUCAAGGCAAAAAGGAGGUACCAUCACUGCUGUUUGAAUGCCUAGCGAGCUAUCUCACCGAACUCUCUCUCUUGGACUAUGCUAUGCUUCGAUACGCUCCAUCACUUGUCGCAGCAUCUGCAGUUUUCUUGGCACAAUACAUUCUACACCCUGCAACAAGACCAUGGAACGCUACGCUAGAGCAUUACACAUCUUACAGGGCUAAACACUUGGAAGCAUGCGUUAAGAAACUUCUUCAGCUAUGUCAUGAAAGUCCCUCAGAAGCCGAUGUAGUUGCAGUCAGAAAGAAGUACAGUCAACACAAAUUCAAGUUUGCAGCAAAGAAGUUUUGCCCUGCCUCACUACCACAAGAGCUCUUCCUCUGCUAA